AUGCCCUCCAGCUCGUCGGAUCAACAACCACGACAGUCCUCAACAAGCAAAUUCUUCGGUAGGAAGCUAUACAAAGGAAACAAGAUCGAUAGUAGGUAUGAGGAGAGCGUUGGCUUCGAAAGUCCGAAUGCAGCCAACAUUAAUGGCUCGAAAUCAUCGCGACAUUCGAACAGAGCAUCAGUGCAUUCAUUGGAGAAUGAUGGAGACCCGGCUGGGCUCGCCAUGACCGCUGGAGUCAUUACCUCGAUACCUUACCAUACUACUUCCGCUGACGCGAGAACUCCCGUCUCUGUGGACCAUCUACCCAGAUCGGAUUCAACGUCAAGCAGACAGAGCCCGCAACCACAUCACUUAAAUAAAGGAGCAGACUAUCAUCAAUAUCCGGCUUGGAAUGGCUCAAAUCAAUCGGGCGCCGGUGCUUCACAUCCCACCGGGCCGAGGCCACCUCCGCAUGGAGGCACGACGAGCGAUAGAGGAACGAAAGCACAGCAGUUGGGUAGGCCCGGAAGUUCUACAGCACAGCACGCCAGCUAUACGUCUACCUCCAGCUCGGAGCCUCCUCCAGUUCCCAGAAAAUCGUUUGACCAAGCGAGCAUAAAUUCAACAGUUUCUACUGCCACAAGGGGCUCGAGCCUCUUCUCCGACGCCUAUUCCUCCCGAACCGUAACCCACGCCAAGAACGAUGAGCAGGACAAAGUCACAGUUACUGGGCCUUCUGCCUCGCGACUUUCGCUUCUUAGCUCUGCAGGCUGGGCGCCCCAGCACCCGUCCGGCUUCAAUUCUACAGCGUCUUUCUCACCCGAUGGCUUUCAACUGCCAAAACCUGACGACGAUCGUGUCAUUGAAAAGCAAUUCAUCGAACUCAUGCAUAAGCGAGGCUGGCAAAACCUUCCAGAUCAAGCAAAACGACAGAUCGUAGCCUAUCCUGCAAGCAAGAAAUGGACAUUGAUACACCAGGACCGUCUGACAGAAUGGCAAGGCGAGCAAAAACGGAGGCAGCAUGCAAGACAGACAGGGGUUCCAGAUGGCAACUUGGGGCAUCUGACGAGAGUGGAUGAAGAGGGCUCUCCGGAGUGGUAUGUCAAAAAGAUCAUGGAUCAUACAAUAGACUCGAAGCAAUUAGGAAGCCUUAGUGUCAGUCUGAGAACACAACCUAUCAGUUGGGUCAAGGCAUUCGUGGAGGCUCAGGGUCAAGUUGCGUUGACGAACGUCCUGCUCAAGAUCAAUCGAAAGCAAGUUACUGGACCUGCUCCGGCGUCAGGCCUCACCAGCGACAAAGACCUCGAUCGCGAAUAUGACAUUUGCAAAUGUCUCAAAGCAUUGAUGAACAACAAAUAUGGAGCAGAUGAUGCGUUGGCGCACCAGCAGGUGCCAAUAGCUCUGGCAACAUGUCUAACCUCUCCUAGGUUGACGACAAGAAAACUCGUCAGCGAAGUGCUCACGUUUCUGUGUCAUUGGGCGGAGGGACAGGGGCAUCUUAAAGUAUUACAGGCUAUGGACUACUGCAAGAAUACAACUGGAGAGAACGGUCGCUUUGAUGCAUGGAUGCGAAUUGUUGAAGUCACCAUCGAUGGCCGGGGCAAGAUGGGCAGUCUAGUUGGGGCGAGCGAAGAGAUUCGAAGCGGUGGCAUUGGCAUGGAGAAUCUGCUCAUGGAAUAUGCAGUGGCUACACUGUUCCUGCUGAACAUGAUUGUGGAUGCACCAGAACGGGAUUUACAGUUACGAUGCCAUAUCAGAGCUCAGUUCAUUGCGUGUGGCAUCAAACGGAUACUAUUGAAGAUGGAGGGCUUUCAGUAUGAAGUGAUCGACAAGCAGAUUGAACGAUUUCGGGAGAACGAGGCAAUCGACUAUGAGGAUCUUCUGCAGCGGGAAGCCAGCAGCGUCCAAAGUGGUGUGGAAGGAGAUGUCAAGGAUAUGACCGAUCCAGUACAGAUCACCGAUGCGAUCAUGUCCAAGGUGCAAGGAACGCGGACCCAAGACUAUUUCCUCUCCGCAAUGCAGCAUAUGUUAUUGAUACGCGAAAAUGAGAGCGAUGAUCGACUAAGGAUGUUUCAGCUCGUCGAUGCUAUGCUGAGCUAUGUUGCCAUGGAUAGAAGAUUACCCGACAUGGACUUGAAGCAGAGCCUGAACUUUACCGUGCAAAGCCUGCUUGAAAAGCUGCAUACUGACAAUGAGGCACGCUUGGCCUUCGAUGAAGCUACAGAAGCACGACAAAUUGCAGAAGCUGCAAUUUCAGAACGUGAUGAAAUGAAGGCCCAGAUCGAACUGGGUGCGGAUGGAUUGGUGAGGAAGCUUCAGAAGCAGAUUGCAGAGCAGUCGGGAAUAAUUGAACUUCAAUCACGGCAGAACGAAUCGCUGAGAUCUGAGAUGGCAGAACUGCAACGAAUACGUGGGCAGGAAUUGCAAAGGAACGAGUUGGAAACUCGGGAACUCUAUCUUAUGCUACGGGACGCCCAAGAUGUUGCAGCGUCACAUGCGAAAAAUGCAGGCAAGGAUGGCCUUGGUGUGGGUGACCCGAAGCAGAUGCAAGGUAUCCUGGAUCGAGAGAGAUUGAUGGAGAGACUUGAACGCAGCCUCGAGAGAACGAAAACUCAGUUCAAGCUCGAAGGGAAAAUCUGGAGUCAAGCCGGUCCAUCAGACCGCCUACGAGAGCUUCGAGAAGAAAUGGAUGACCAAGCAGAUCUCGAUUUCCAGGAGAAGACCAAACGGCACCUCACUCAGACCAAGUCAACUCUUGGCAGCGUCAGCCGGAGCAAUGCUCACAGGUCUCAGAAGGGAGCUCGCCGAGCGGCAGCUGACGCAUUAACCAUCAGUGAAGAGCUCGACGAGCUGGAAGAGGAAGCCGCUGAUGGGCCUGUCGUCUAUGAGAAGCCCCGGAUAGUGGAAGUGAAAAGGCCCAAGCUGAAUCCAGAACAGGCAACUGGGCUAUUAGGAGAAAUAGCAUCGCGAGUCAAGAAAUACGAUGCGAGUGAUGAUGAAGGCGAUGGAGUCACUACUGGGCCAUCGCAUCCUAGCCUCGAGUCUCAAUCGCCAAAGACCCCUUCUGAUGAGUCUCUACCAAAAGAGGAUGCCAAGUUUACUGGCCCUCCUCCACCUCCGCCACCACCUCUACCUUCCACUCCUGGCGUGCUGCCAGGCUUCCUAGCCUCGAAGGAUGCCAAGUUUACUGGCCCUCCUCCACCUCCGCCACCACCUCUACCUUCCACUCCUGGCGUGAUGCCAGGCUUCGAAUCUGGACCUCCGCCUCCGCCACCUCCUCCACCACCACCUAUGCCUGGCAUGACCCCCUCAACCCCAGUCAUGCCUGGAUUCGAAACUGGCCCUCCACCCCCUCCUCCUCCUCCGCCGCCACCACCUCCACCAGGUUCCGUCCCUAUGAGUCCUGCUGGUGCAGCUGCUCCUCCACCUCCUCCGCCUCCUCCGCCUCCGCCUAUGCCUGGGCCUCCACCUUUGCCGGGUGCACUGCAUGGUCAUUUCUUACCCAGAGCUGAUCUAUCACUGGUACCAACUCUAGGAUAUCCCGGCAUGCGCCCGAAGAAGAAGCUGAAAGCAUUGCAUUGGGACAAGGUCGAUAUGCCACAAGUAACUGUGUGGGCUACUCAUGCUCCUACUCACGAAGCCAAAGAAGAGAAAUAUAUGGAGCUGCAGAAGAAGGGUGUGCUCGACGAGGUUGAAAAGCUGUUCAUGGCCAAAGAGACGAAGAUCCUUGGCGGUGGGUCGUCGAAGAAGAGUGACAAGAAACAGAUCAUCUCCAAUGAUCUCCGCAAAACAUAUCACAUUUCGUUGGCCAAGUUCUCGCAGUUAUCCGCUGACGAAGUUGUUCGCAUGAUCAUACACUGCGACAAGGAGAUACUUGACAGCAAUGUUGUGAUGGACUUCCUCCAGAAAGAAGAUCUCUGCACCAUUCCAGACAGCACCUCCAAAUUGAUGGCCGCCUACAGCAAGGACUGGACUGGGUCGGAUGCGCUGAACACAACCAGGGAACAAGACCCUGCGGAGCUGACGCGGGAAGACCAGAUAUACCUCCAGACCGCUUUCGAGCUGCACCACUACUGGAAAGCACGUAUGCGCGCAUUGGCAUUGACGAGAAGCUUCGAGCCUGAGUACGACGAUAUAUCUGAACGACUCAAGCAAGUCGUCCAUGUUUCCGAAGCUCUUCGACACUCCACCUCCUUGAUGAGCGUCUUGGCACUCAUUUUGGAUAUCGGGAAUUACAUGAACGACACAAACAAACAGGCCUCAGGUUUCAAGCUGAGCUCACUUGCGCGACUCGGCAUGGUCAAGGACGACAAGAACGAAACCACCUUCGCGGACCUGAUUGAGCGCAUCGUGCGCAACCAAUACUCACAGUGGGAAGGUUUCGUCGAAGACAUUAGCGGCGUUGUAACAGCCCAGAAAUUAAACGUCGACCAACUCCGCAUCGAUGCUAAGAAAUACAUCGAUAAUAUCAAGAACGUCCAAUCCUCCCUCGACGCCGGCAACCUCAGCGACCCCAAGAAAUUCCACCCCCAAGACCGCGUGUCACAAGUCGUGCAGCGAUCAAUGAAAGAAGCCCGCCGGAAAGCAGACCAGCUACAACUCUACCUCGACGAGAUGGUACAAGCCUACGACAACAUCAUGACCUACUUUGGCGAAGACAAUACAGACGACAACGCACGACGAGACUUCUUCGCCAAACUCGCCGGCUUCGUGACCGAGUGGCGCAAAUCUCGCGAGAAGAACAUGACCGCCGAAGAGAACAGGCGGCGCAUGGAAGCCAAUCUGGCAAGGAAGCGCGCCGCGGGCGGACCGACCAACCCUUCUCCGGGUAACGCCACCCCAGGAGACGGUGACGCGCCCAGCUCACCCAGCUCAAGUGGAGCCAUGGACUCGCUGCUGGAGAAACUACGGGCCGCUGCUCCACAGGCCAGAGAUCAAAGGGACCGAAGGAGAAGAGCGAGGUUGAGGGAGAAACACCAAGUUCGCAUCGCGUCGGGCCAGAAGAUGCCGGACCUACCGCUCAAGGACGACGUCGAGGCCGAUCGCGGUCUCCUCCUGAGUCCCGAGACGGUUGCUGAGGAGGGCGGUGCAGCGCACUGCGCCUCUUCUCCCGAGCAGCGCGAAACCAGUGGCAACGUGUCCGAGAGCGAAGAUGUGGCGGAUCGAGCUGCGACGCUUCUGCAGGGGUUGAGGGGUGAUUCCGCCUUGGGCGAUGCUGCCGACGCUAAUGAUGGUCUUCGCGUGCGCAGGAGGAGGGAGAGUGCGGAUGAAGAGAGGAGGAAUAGGAGGUUGAAACGGAGGACGGCGCAGCAGAGCUCGAGUGUGGGAGAAGUCAGUGCCGCGGCCGCGGGACUCGCUACGGUUGAGGAACAGCUGGAGAAGAAGGAUCAGGGUCAGGAUAAGGAUGGCAGUGGUGGUGGUGUCGCUCGGAUCCCGUCGCCGCCGCUGUCAGAGAGGGCGGACACACCGUCUCAACUACCUCCGCCUCCUACCAUUGUGGUCAGUCCGACCGAGCCGAAUGCUUCUUCGCCCUUUUCGUCAGGCAUGGAUACGGAUAGCACGGUCACGGACACGGCCGAGAAAGCGGAUGAAAUUGACUGA